CUUCGUUGUACUCUCUCAUCUACUAAAGACAAAAGAUGCCCGUGCCGACAUCCACCACUCCCCCGCCAUUAUUCCCUCCGCUGACGCGCGCCGAAGUCGACGCAGCCCGCACAAGCGCAUGGUACGACGUCUUCGAGGACCUCACGACACCCGCGACGAUCAUCUCGGUCGACGCCCUAGGGGAGCGCGCCGCCUUUCUCGAGUGGAUCGAGUCCGACUCCAUCUUCAUCCCCGAAGACGCGGGGGCGGAGCCGAGCCACGCCGACGCGCCGAAAUACCACCUCCCAGCGCUGAACGCGGCGAUGCGCGCCGCGAUCGCAAAGUACGGCGCAGUCUUCCCAAAGCUGAACUGGACAAGUCCGCGGGACGCGGCGUUCAUCCUCCCGCAAGGCCAUGGGCCGCUGCACUCGACGUCGCCGCGCGACAUCUACCUCCUCCUCAAGUCCUCCGAUUUCGUACAACACGACCUGGAUCCGGCGCGCGCAUACGAAGGUGUGGCCCCAGCCGACGUGCCGGCGGAAGUAUCUAUCGAGCUCGUCCUCAAGCGCUUCACGGAGAUGAACCCGAGCCAGGAAGUGCGCUGUUUCGUGCGCGACGACAUCCUCCUCGGCAUCUCGCAGCGCGACACAAACUUCUACGAGCACUACCAAGGCGAGGCGGAGCAGGCCGCGCUCGUGGCGCGCGUGCGCGAGUUCUACGAGGACGAGGUCCGCGAGAACUACGCGGGCGGCCCGAACUAUGUCUUGGACUUGUAUCUCGCCGACAGCGGCAGGAUCACCAUCACCGACUUCCAGCCGUACCGCGGCAGCACGGAUGCGUUGCUCUUCUCGUAUGGCGAGCUCGCGGGGCUGUUGGCGGGCGCGCGCGCCGCGCCGUCGGAUGCCGAGGGAGACGCCCGCCUCCCCGUCCUCCGCGUGAUUGACUCGCGGGCUCACCCCGCGGCCAACACCGGCCCAGCGUUCGGCGCUAACAUGCUCCCUGUUGAGGCGGUGCAGAUGAGCCAGGGGCAGACGGCGAGUGACUUCGCCGCGGCGUGGCAGGAGGCAAUGGCACACGGCAUGGGGCGGCGCAUGGACGAGAUGUCAGACGACGACGACGUCGACAAGAUGGACUGAAUAGAGCAUAGAGCAUGACAUUUGCACGAGUAGCACUAGGUAUGUAAUAUUCACAAGCGAUCCAAGUGAUCAUGG